UAUGGCUCUAUUUUUGGGGAAUGUUCCAGAGACCAAGCUUCCACAGACUCUGCUGCGCCAGAGAACUUCAACUUAAAUGAAAAGGAAGACCAGACUUGCACUGAGGUGAAGACCGAGAUUGUAACAUGGACUAUUAAAACAAACGCAGGAACACAAGAUAUCAGACACAGCCCAGCAGAAAAUGCUGAAGGUGAGUCAGAACACCAGACGGCUAGUCCGGAAGUGAUCUAUGAUGAUGUACCCUGUGAAGAUCUGUCUUCAGGAGAAGCUGACUUGAUCUAUGAGGACAUUCAGAAAGAGGAGGGCUUGCAAGGGCCCAAUAAUGGCUGGAGCUCAAGUGAGUUUGAAAGCUAUGAUGAGCAGUCCGACUCUGAGAGGGCUCCAACCCGCAGCAAGCUCUCCCCUGAUGUGGGACGACUGAGAGAACGUUACACCAGGACCAAACAGGAGCUAGCCAUGAGACUGGGGGGCAGACAUCAGGUCCAUCAGCUGAUGCGGGCGGCACGCAGCGGAACGAAAGAUGGCCUGGAGAAGACCAAAAUCGCUGUGAUGAGGAGAGUUUCAUUCCUACAUAAAAAGGAGCACUCAGAUGACACUGAGGAUGAUACAGGGUAUCUGGAUGUUAUGGUAUCAGAGGCAAAACACCCACCUGCACAACUGGGACCAAUGCCAGAUGGGCUUAGCAGCCAACAGAUUGUCCGACGCCAUAUUUUGGGCUCCAUUGUGCAGAGUGAGAGGAGUUACCUGGACUCUCUAAAACGGAUUCUACAGGAAUACCAGCGACCUCUGAUGGAGGCUGAGCCUCGAAUCCUCAGUGUCAGGAAAGUCCGGCCCAUUUUUUUCCGUCUGCGGGAGAUCAUGCAAUGCCACUCCAUGUUCCAGAUUGCCCUGGCAUCUCGGGUGGCCGAAUGGGACUCUUGUGAAAAGAUUGGGGACCUGUUUGUAGCUUCAUUCUCAAAAUCCAUGGUGCUGGACGUAUAUAGUGAUUACGUCAAUAACUUCACCAAUGCCAUGGCCCUAAUUAAGAAAGCCUGCAUGUCUAAACCAGCAUUUCUGGAGUUUCUCAAGAAGAAGCAGGCAUCCAGCGUUGACCGCAUUACUCUCUAUGGUCUGAUGGUGAAGCCUAUUCAGCGUUUUCCUCAAUUCAUACUCCUCCUGCAGCUGCUGAACUCCGAGCAGAUCUCUUUGAUCCUUUGCGAGACGCUGAUUGAGACAGUGUACAGCGAACGAGGACAGGUCCUCAAGUCUAAGGAGCGAAAAGUCUUUCUCUUCGGUGACAUGCUCAUCUGUGCCAACAUCAACGUCAAGGGGCCCCCUGACAUCAGCAGUCUGGUUCCAGUAGGUCCCAAGUACACCCUGAAGUGGAGCGCCCCCUUGCAGCAGGUCCAGGUAGUUGAAGUGGGUCAAGAGGGCACCCAGACUAAGGAUACUCUUUAUCAGCUUGGAGGCGUCAAGCGUCCGGGUGGCUCUUCGGGAUCAGGAAGUAUCAUUCUGGGUCCGCCCCGUCUGUAUCAGGAACUGCAGGAGUUGCAGCAUGACCUCUCAGUGGUAGAGCAGGUCACUCUGCUCGUGGGGACUUUACAGGGAACGUACCAGAAUCUGAACACCACUGUAGCACAGGACUGGUGUUUGGCUCUGCAAAGGCUGAUUCGCAUCAAGGAGGACCAAAUUCAGAGUGCCAACAAGUGCCGUUUACGAUUGCAAAUCCCUGGCAGACCAGACAAGUCUGGUCGUCCUGUGAGCUUCACGGUUGUCUUCAACACUCCAAGCCCCGUCAGCAAGAUCUCCUGGGUCAACCGGUUCCACUUAGCGAAAAUAGCACUGAGAGACGAAAACACACCGGGUUGGUUCUCUGCAGAGGAUGAUGGGAAGACAAAAGCUCCGUUUUGGUGUCCACUGCUGGCCUGUCGCAUGCCUGUCUUUACCUCCAAAGCCCAGGAAUGGAAGCUGGAGGCUGCUCUUCAUAAUCCUGUUCAAUGUGCUUUACUUGGUUUCUCAGCGGCGAGCACUUCGCUUCCUCAAGGCUACCUCUGGGUAGCCGGUGGAGGCGAUUCCACUCAAGGCCAGGUGGACAUCUUCUCCUUGAACAGACCCACACCUCGGCCUGUAAAAUCCCUCCAGAUGGGAGCUCGAGUGAGGUGUUUGGAGUAUGUGCCUGAGCCCACCCCUUCAGAGGAUGCUGAAACCGGCCCUCAUAACUCCACGGGAGUUGGAAAUACUAUCUGUGUGGGACUUGAUGAUGGCUGCAUUCUGGUCUAUGGCAGUAUGGACACGGCCGCCCAAUGCCUUGUGACUCUCCGUAACCCAGAGGGCUGUCCAGUUCUGUGUCUCAAACAUUCUGGGAACUUCCUGUUCGCUGGCCUACGGGACGGAACACUGAUGGUGUACGAGAGACAUCCCGGAGGGGAACUGUGGAACCAAGACACCUGUAGAAAAGUAACAGUUGGUUCAGAUCCCAUCAGGACACUUCUUGCCUUGGAGGGCUCGGUCUGGGCUAGCUGUGCUAACACAGUAACUGUACUUGACGGCUCCAGUUUGUCCACUCAGAGGUUUGAGGUCCAUCAAGACCCGAUGGUGAGCGUGGCCCACAUGGUGCGAGCUGGCGGGGGUGCAUGGAUGGCCUUUUCAGAAGGUUCCUCUAUACGCUUGUUCCAUACGGAAACACUGGAGCACCUGCAGGAGAUCAACAUAUCUACACCCUCGUCAUUUUACAACCCCAGUCAAAAGAGCGUGAGAGUUACCAGCCUGCUGAUUUAUCAGGGGCUGCUGUGGGUGGGAACUGCCCAGGGCAUUAUCAUCACCCUGCCUGUGCCCAAGCUGGAGGGCAUCCCCAAAAUUACAGGUAAGGGGAUGACGUCUCUUAAUGCACACUGCGGGCCUGUGGAUUUCUUAGUUGCCCUUUCCAGCACUUUGUCUCCUGAUCUUCUGAAGCGGGAUUCUGUGGUGGAAGGGCAUGAUUCGGCCUGCGGAGUGGAGGACCGCAGCGACUCUUCCUCUCAGGAAUCUCUCCAGCAGGCCAGUAUUUCCGCCCAGGUAGAUGGCAAAAGAAAGGGACGGGGCGUGUUGCUACAGUACCGCCUCCGCUCAACCUCAGGUUUGCCUGGGCGACCGUUAACCGUGAGAGGGGAAGAAGCCUCAGAUUCGUCUUUAGAAUCUUUGGAACACAGCAUGGAAGAUGGCUCUAUAUAUGAACUCAGUGAUGACCCAGACAUGUGGGUCAGGGGUCGACCCUGCGAUAGGAAGGGGGUGAGGAGGGACAGGGUUACCUCGGUAGCAGUCAUCUCGGGUGGAAAGGGCUUCCGUCGACUGAGGGAGGGUUCAGUGGCGACCACCGCAGAAAGCACACUUAUGAUCUGGCAGCUUCCUCUCACAGUUUGAGCUGAAAUUGUGUUUAAGGAGUAGUGGAAUGAAAAUUU